AUGAAGGCUAUUGUACAGGACACAUUAUUAAUCAUUUUAGGUAUGGAAAUCAUUAUAGGAAGUUUAGGAAAUGGAUUCAUAAUACUGGUGAACAUCUUAGACUGGGACAAGAGAAAAAAGAUCUCUUCAUUGGAUAAGAUCUUCACUGCUCUGGCCAUCUCUAGACUUGCAUUUUUAUGGUCACUAUUCUUAUUUUUAUUGGUAUCUGAGCUGUACCCAUCCUUAAUGAUAACUGAAAAAGUACUGAAAAUAACUAGUAUUUUUUGGACACUGACCAAUCAUUUCAACAUCUGGCUUUCUACAUGUCUCAGCAUAUUUUAUUUCCUCAAGAUAGCCAACUUUUCAAAUUCUAUUUUUCUUUAUUUAAAAUGGAGAGUAAGAAAGGUUGUUUCAGUGACACUGCUGGUGUCUCUUCUCUUCUUGUUUAUAAAUAUUAUAUUCAUAAACUCAUAUGUUAUCAGGAUUGAUGGAUAUAAGACAAAUUUGUCCUACAGUUCUAAUUCAAAUGACUAUGUACAGUUUUCUAGGUUUCCUUUACUCACUAACACUAUGUUCACAUUAAUACCCUUCACUGUGUCCCUGACAACUUUUCUCUUGCUCAUCUUCUCCCUGUGGAGACAUGUAAAGAACAUGCAGCUCAAUGUCAAAGACUCCAGAGACCCCAGUACUACAGCCCACAAAAAGGCCCUGAAAAUGGUAAUCACCUUCCUGUUUCUAUAUACUAUUUUCUUUCUGGUACUUGUUAUACAGUCUUGUAAAAAUGAGAUUCAGCAUAAAAAUUUGUUCAACUUACUUUUGGAUGAUAUAGCAAUUGCUUUUCCCUCAGGCCACUCCUGUGUCCUAAUUCUGGGAAACACUAAGCUCCGACAGGCUUUUCUGUCCAUGAUGUGGUGGUUGAGGUGCAGGCUCAGUGAUGCAGAGCCUCCAAUCUUUAGACUAUGUAGGGAGUUAUCUCCAAUUUUCUAG